UUCUUCCGCCCCCUGAGAGUGCUAAGAGGAAGGCCUCCCGCCCCAUUGACUUGCCCGAGUGUAUACCGAAUUUGGGAUUCCGACAAACGAGGGAAAAGGUUCGCUGGGCUUUAUAAUGCGCCGCGCGGGGCCAUGCGUGGCAUCGGCGCAGCACCAGCUGUUCCGCCACCUCGUUCUCCGCUCUUCCGGCAGGCCGCGGCCUAGCGCCGUCGCCAUGGCAACCGCAGCCUUCCCAGGCCCGACGGCCAUGGAAGAAGCUCUGAGCCGCGCGGUCCCGCCGCUGCCGCCUUACGAGACCCGGGAGAAAGUGGCGGCGCCAGCCGGGGCCGCCCUGGAGCAGCGCAGCGCGGAGUUCAUGCGCUACUACCGCGCCCUGGAGAGCGGCAGGCCGAGGGCCGAGCUGCUGAGCCGCCUGGCCCGCGACUUCGGCGUCGAGCACGGCCGGGUGGCCGAAGUGAGCGGGAAAGUGGCCCGGCUGCUGCAGCAGCAACAGCAGCAGCAGCAACAACAGGAGGCGGCUGGGGAGAAAGGGGAGCACGAACCCGGCGCCCUCCUGCAGGCCGAGGAUCGGCUCCGCCACUACCUCACGCCGCGCUACCGGGGCCUCUUCCAGCACCUCGGCCGGCAGGAGGGCGGCCUCCGCUUCCUGGUGGAGCUCCGCAGGGACCUGCUCGAAGCCCUGGCUGCCAGGGAGGCCGAAGGGCCGCAUGUCAGGGAAAUGAAUGGAGUGUUAAAGAACAUGCUGUCAGAAUGGUUUUCCACAGGGUUCCUAAAUUUAGAGCGAGUUACAUGGCAGUCGCCUUGUGAGAUUCUUCAAAAGAUUAGUGAUAGUGAAGCUGUACAUCCUGUUAGAAAUUGGAUGGACAUGAAACGCCGUGUUGGAUCUUACAGAAGGUGCUAUUACUUUGCCCACUGUGCAAUACCUGGCGAGCCGUUGGUUGUUCUGCAUGUUGCACUUACAGACGAGAUAUCUAGCAGCAUCCAGGCCAUAGUGAAGGAGAUUCCCCCCUUAGAAGUCGAGGAUCUGAGCAAAAUCACGACUGCAAUUUUCUAUUCAAUCAGUUUGACUCAGCAGGGCCUGCAGGGUGUGGAGCUGGGGACAUACCUCAUCAAGCGAGUUGUUAAGGAACUGCAGGUGGAAUUUCCUCAGAUCAAAGCCUUCUCUACUCUGUCUCCCAUUCCGGGAUUCACCAAAUGGUUCCUGGGCCUUCUUUCUUCACAGUCCAAGGAGACAGGCAGAUGUGAUCCUUUCACAGAUCCUGAAUAUCAAGAAAUAUCUGAGAUCACAGGAGAUCCUGCUGUUGAAAUUCUAAAGCGCCUCUUAGCAAACAACGAAUGGGUGAGGUCGGAAAGACUGGUUCGAGCUUUACAGCAGCCGCUUAUGAGACUGUGUGCCUGGUAUCUUUAUGGAGAGAAGCACCGUGGCUAUGCCCUUAACCCUGUGGCAAACUUCCAUCUUCAGAACGGUGCAGUGUUAUGGCGUUUGAACUGGAUGGCCGACACAAGCCCCCGUGGCAUCACUGCCUCUUGCGGAAUGAUGGUCAACUAUCGCUAUUUUUUGGAGGACACUAUGAGUAACAGUGCUGCAUAUCUUGGAACUAAACAGAUUAAAGCCUCAGAGCAGGUUCUAUCCUUAGUAACUCAGUUUCAGCAGAACAGCAAACUUUAAAUAAAUGAGGCAGCUUAAAAAACAACAAAUGCCUGUUUAAUUAAAUGAGAGUCAUGUGGUGUUUGUAUAUAAAAAGAGGGAAUGUUGCUGAUAAAACCAGCAGACACUGUCCCUAAUCUCAUCAAGGAUUCAGUAUUGAACUGCCAGGCCAUUCUUGUUGCAUUGACAUGCUUUGCCAGAGAGGAAGAGCACAUUUAUGUUCUGGAUGAUACUUCCUGCAAACUGAAAGAGCUGGGUAAACUAUACUUAGUGAAAUGGCAAGCCAGUGGUGACUCCUAUGAACUGUGUGUUGUCCCUCGCCUUGCUCACCAAAUCAAUAGCCUUGUUUAAUCCACAUCUUCAAAAGAGUCGCUGAACACCUGAGUGCUCUGACACAUUAAAGGGAGAGGGAGAUCAAUACCAGAGUUACUAGAUAAAAGGGACAAGUAAGGGAAGACUUUUUGUCCAAGUGCACAAACAAAACAGCAUCUCAUAGCACUACUCCAAUAAGAUGUUUGUUUUACACACCCUUCCCUUCUGUUCUAUGCUAAACGCUUUGAUCUGGCUAUCCAUGUUGGCAUGGCACAGAAUGCCACCACUUGAGUUAUAGCCUUGCUAGGUCGGAGUGUGGAAACACCUUGGUGUGGGUGUGUGUUUGUUUGUGUAUUUUGGCUCAUCUACUCAAGUGCUCUCCAGAUAACAAGUAUAUGGAAUGAAGUGUCUGCAGCUUUGCAGUAACUAGUUAUAAUUUCAGAAGUGAAAUCAAGAGUUUGAAUAUCGAAGAGAGAAAAGUAAGUUGUAAUGUGUUUUAUGACGUUUACAGACUUGUUUUGAAUAUAAAUGAUAUUUUUUAA